GCUCAGGGACCAAUGUAAAAUUAUCCUAAAAGUAAUGGGUAGAGAAGAGGGACCAAGGGGUGGCUCCAUUUGCAUUUGCAUUAGUAGGAACAAAGCAUUAGAUUCUGGUUCCUUAUUUUCUCCCUUUAAUCAAACCUUUGCCUAUAACUCUCUUUGCAAAUACCAUUUUCUCUCUCUUUCUCACACAUCUUUCAGGUGUGGAAAGAAAAGUACAAGUGCCGUACAAAUGGAGGUCAUGCUUACCAACACUCUGCUAACGUGCGCUCUACCCACACUUUUAGCCUCCACCCAGGAUGUUGCUGUGCCGCUGGUGGCAAUUGAGACCAAAGUCAAGGGAGAUCAAAGUAGAAAUGAUGGGCACAAAGUAGUUGAUGCUGCUGAGGAAGGUGGAGAUGGAGACAACAAUGUUGAGAAUGGGGAUGGUGAAUUUGAGGAUGGUGAAGAUGAUCAAUUUUCUGAUGAAGGGAUUCAUGAAAACAAUCCCAACAAAACCAAUGGCAAUGCCAAGAAGAGCAAUGAUGAAGAAGGUGAAGAAAAUGGAGAUGCAGAAGAUGAAGAAGGUGAUGGUGAAGGUCAUGAUGAUGACGACAACAAUGAUGACGACGAUGAUAAUGAUAAUGAUGACGACGACGACGACGAUGGAGAAGGACCAGACGAAGAAGAAGUUGUAGAGGAGGAGCCAGAAGAUGAUGAAGAAGAGGAUGAAGAAGAAGAGACAAUCCAGCCCCCAAAGAAAAGGAAGAAGUGAUCGAAGUUUUGUGAUCACUUUGAAGCAUCUGAGUUUAGUUUUAACUUGAGAGGGAGAGUUACUUAAUAUGCUUUUCUAUUACCUUUCAUUUGAUGUUUUAGAGAACUUUGAAGCUUUUAAUCCCUCAAGGUAACUUGUUUUCCAGAGUACAUAUCUUAAUCUGUCUUUCUUUACUUUAGAAGUCCAUUGUCACUUCGGCUCUUGGUAA